AUGUUAUUGAAGGAUGGAGGACUAAGAAUAGCCAAUGUGACCAAAGUUGAUGCUGGAAGCUACACGUGCCUGGCAACAAACCAGUUUGGAACAGCCAGUGGCUCAACAAACUUAAUAGUUACAGAGCCAACAAGGAUUACUUUGGCACCUUCCAACAUGGAUGUCACUGUCGGAGAAAGUGUCGUCUUGCCUUGCCAGGUUCAGCAUGAUCCUAUACUGGACAUCAGCUUCACCUGGUAUUUCAAUGGAACACUCACCGAUUUCAAGAAGGAUGCUUCUCAUUUUGAGAAGGUUGGAGGG